CAGAUAGAUAGUCUAAGUCUCUUAAGAUGGCAAAACUGUGCAAUCUCUUGGUUCUAGUCUCUCUCAUGGCAGUCCUAAAAUGGGCUCAAGCCGAGCAAAGUUGGGCCAACAGAGUUGUGGGAGAGAAGGAGACGGUGACCAACCUCCAAUUCUACUUUCACGACACGUUCACCGGCAAUAACCCAAGUGCCAUAGUGGUUGUUUCACUCAAUUCCACAAAACAAAACCCUGCAACCUUUGGUUCUAUCGUAAUGGCCGAUGAUCCGCUGACUGUAACGCCAGACCCGAAUUCGAAGCUGGUGGGAAGGGCCCAGGGUCUUUAUGGGUCAGCCGGACAAACUGAACUCUCUCUCAUAAUGGAUAUCAGCUUGAUAUUCACGGACGGCUUCUACAACGGAAGCUCACUCAGUAUAUCUGGUAUCAACCCGGCUUCCAACCCGGUCCGUGAGAUUCCCAUAGUGGGUGGGACCGGAAUUUUCCGGAUGGCCCGUGGUUUCGCCAUUGCACGCACAUAUUCUUUUAAUUUAACCAGUAACGAUGCUGUUGUGGGGUACAACGUUACCAUUUUUAGUAGUUAA